AUGGAGAUUAUUGAGAGGUCUCUGUGUUACUCGUUCUGGAGAUCAAACGAUUUUGAUUUCGCGUUUAAACCGUCGGAAGGCAGAUCUGGCAAAUGGGAGAAGGAAGAAAGUUUGUGUCUAAUGGGAGAUUUCAAUGCAAUCAUAGAAAUAUCUGAAAGAAAAGGGGGUGGUGAAAGUGUUAAAAGGGUCGAGAUAGAAGAUUUUGAUGAUUUCAUAUCAAUGUCAGAGCUGGUUGAUUUUCUGUUGCACGAUAGAAGAUUUAGCUGGUUUAGACCCAGGGAUGUUGUGAUGAGAUGA